CAUGGCCGCUGCCGGCCGCCCGCGGUGAGUCCCGCCGCGCCCCUCGGCCCUGCGGUGUCCCAGUUCCCCCAGAGAGCGGCGUGGGAGGGGAGCCGCGGGGUGCAGGGGGCGCGGCGUGUCGGCCGGCGGCUUCCAGGCGGGCGUGUGGCCGGCGAGUCGCCGCCCGCUCGGCUCUUCCCGGGCUCCGGCCGGUGCUCCCGCGGCGGCGUCUGGCCAGGGCGGCCGCGCUCAGGCCUGGCGCGGGGCAACCCGGGUCGCCGCCUGCAGUUCACCCCGCGCCCAGCGAGCGCCGGUUCACGUCCGACCAGCGGACUUCCCGCGGUCCCCCGAGUUCAGUGGUGCACCUCCUCAGGCGGCGCCCCGCCCCUUGGCUUUCGUUUCCAUAGAAACGCGGAAGGACUUGGCGCUGGAUCCUGCUCUGACCCCUCAGGUCUCACCGCGGGUGUUCCGUCCUUGACGAGCACCCGCGCGUUAAUCCGUCCUUUGUGCCGCCUUUAAAAAUCUUUUCAUCAGCCCAAGAAGAAACCUGUAUCCAUUAGUGGUCAACGUCCUCUUCUACCUCAGCUGCUGGCGACACUGAUCUACGUUCUGGCUCUGUAGAUGCUCAGUUUCACAGAAAUAAGAUCCUGUGCUUGUGACAUGAGACUGGAAGUGACACCCCAGAAUGUUCCUGAGGACCUACCAUCCUGUGACACAGACAUGGAAAGUCCCAGAAGGGAGGGCCCCUACUUCUCUGUUCCAAGUGGCAGUUGGGACUGUGAGAGCCACGAGAGACAUUUGAGACAGUCUGCUUUAACUCAGGAGAAACCAGUGACUCAGGAAGCCGUCUGUGAGUGUCUUGGUUUUGGGGAGCAUUUGAGUGCAAGUUCAGGCCUUUCACCACCUCUGAGAGUUGCAGCAACAAAUGGUUUCCAUAUACGCGACUCAGAUGUUGAGAUUUUGGACUGUGGAAGAACAUUUAGCCACUCCCUGGAAGUCACUCAGUGUGGAAGAGGUCACAUGAGAGAGAAGCCCCAUAAAUACUCAGGCAGUGUUAAGUCUUUCAACCAUUUUAUCCUUCUUGGUGACCAAAAACUAAUGAAGAGAGGCAGGAAGCCUCACCAAGGGAAGGAUGUUGGGGAUGUCUUUACUCUGAGUUCCUCUCCUCAUGGAAGCAAAGGUCACCCCAUGGAGAAACCGUAUAAGUGCACUGAAUGUGACAAAUGCUUCAGACGGAACUCGUCCCUUGUUUUGCAUCACCGAACUCACACUGGAGAGAAACCAUACACCUGUAAUGAGUGUGGAAAAUCUUUCUCCAAGAACUACAACUUGAUUGUGCAUCAGAGGAUCCAUACAGGAGAGAAGCCCUAUAAGUGCUCUAAAUGUGGGAAAGCUUUUAGUGAUGGGUCAGCUCUGACACAGCACCAGAGGAUCCACACAGGUGAGAGACCUUAUGAAUGUUUAGAAUGUGGAAAGACCUUCAACCGAAACUCAUCCCUGAUUUUGCAUCAAAGAACUCAUACAGGGGAAAAGCCAUAUAGAUGUAAUGAGUGUGGGAAACCCUUUACUGACAUCUCUCACCUCACUGUGCAUCUCAGAAUCCACACUGGUGAGAAGCCCUACGAGUGUAGCAAAUGUGGAAAGGCUUUCCGAGAUGGCUCAUAUCUCACUCAGCACGAGAGGACUCAUACCGGAGAGAAGCCCUUUGAGUGUGUGGAGUGUGGGAAAUCCUUCAACCGUAACUCCCACCUCAUUGUGCAUCAAAAAAUCCAUUCUGGGGAGAAACCCUAUGAAUGUAAAGAGUGUGGUAAAACGUUCAUUGAAAGUGCGUACCUCAUCAGGCACCAGAGGAUUCAUACUGGUGAGAAGCCAUAUGGCUGCAACCAGUGUCAGAAGCUUUUCAGGAACAUUGCUGGCCUCAUCCGGCACCAGAGGACUCAUACUGGUGAGAAACCCUAUGAGUGUAAUCAGUGUGGCAAGGCUUUCAGGGACAGCUCCUGCCUGACCAAGCACCAGAGAGUUCACACAAAGGAGACUCCAUACCAGUGUGUGGAAUGUGGAAAGUCUUUCAAGCAGAACUCUCAUUUGGCAGUACAUCAGAGACUCCAUGACAGGGAAGGCCCCAGCCAGUGUCCUCAGUGUGGGAAACUGUUUAGAAGGAAGGCAUCCCUUGUCCGACAUCAGAGAGCACACCCCAAAGACCAGCCUGUAGAAACAUAGUGGACAUGAGGCCGUGCUUCUCCCCGCUUAGUCUGAUGGCACCAUUCCCUGCUUAGCAGAGAAGAAUCCUUGGAGAUAGCAGAGACUCGAUGGACAAGACAUUCCAUGGCCCUGUUACAUCUGUCAGCGGGGAACUCCUGGAGAGAGCGCUGGAUGAUGAUAAGUGGGGAAGAGGCGUCAGGAAUGACUGAGACUGUACAGGACAGGAUAGUGGGACACUGGAAUAAAAUGGGGGAAUGUGAGCAGGAUAGUUCCCGAAGAGAUCCACCCGCUUCACAUCAGGGUGCUCACCCUGGGAAGAGCUUGUGUGAGUCCAGUAAGUAAUUUGUAGGAAGAAUCCUGUGACAGUGAAUAUUCACACUCAACUUGUGAGUGUGACCAGGCAGAGAAACUUUGGCAGGCGCUCAUGCUGAGCUUUUAUUCCAGCAAAGCAUGCUGUUGAGCCGUCCCGCAGGGAGCUCCUCCUGCAGUGGCACAGAAUUGCAGUUAGAUUUGCUGUGUGUGUGAGCUGUAGUCCUUUCGGAAUCUGUGGACUCCCCAGAAGGGGAACCAGACCAAGGAGUGCUGUGGACAGUGAAGUCAUCCCUCUUAAGACAACAGCAGGUUCCUCUGGAUGGACAGCUGCUUCCAGGAAACAUGACCCACUCACUGGUUGAAGCAAGAUCCUGAGCUGUCGGGUUUGCAUUAUCACUUCCCACUCCCAGCACUGCUGCUCUUGGAGGCCGCUUCCCAUUCGUUUCAUACAGCCACUCUGAAUAAUUAUAAAGGUUUUGUUGCCAUGUUGAAAAUGCUUGUGAUGUGACAAAAAGAAGGCAUAAAAUAGGAGAUUUACCAUCAUUACAGUCCAUGUAAAGAUGUGUGUGCAUACGGAUGUAGAUUAGAAGUAGAUGUUGGAGAAAUAAACAGAUGGUCAUUAGAAGACUGGAAUUGUGCCUGGGCUUUUUCCUCUAUUACA